UUUUUUACACGUCUCGGUGCAGUCGCCACCAUGCCAGUUGGCCGUCCAGUUGCUUCAGCGAGCCAUUCGUAAGGGCUUUGACGUGUUUUGGAUCCGCACCAGCUAGCCAUGGAUGUAGAGAAUUGCAGAUUGGUCGACGGCCUGUGGAUGCACAAGAUGUUUCAUGAAAGCAUACUGCGUUCAGUGUUCUCAUAUAAGCCUCGCCCAGAUGACGUUUUCGUUGUAACGUACCCCAAAUGCGGAACCACAUGGAUUCAGUACAUCGUCCUCAGCAUAUUUAAUAAAGGCGACCCUCCAACAACAAAGGCCGAUUUCCUGCUGGCCUCACCUUUUCUUGAUUUCAUGGGAGCCGAAGCUGCGGAGAAAAUGGCCAGACCGGGUGUCCUCAAGACUCACCUACCUUUCCACAAAACACCGUUCUCUGAUGAUGCCAAAUACAUCUACGUCGCAAGAAACCCAUAUGACGUCUGUGUCUCCUUCUACUACCACCUGAAGGCUUUCACACCCAAGACAGUGAAAGACGCCUCAUUUGCGAGAUUUCACGAAUUGUUCAUUUCAGACAGGCUCUCUUGGGGGCCAUAUUUCGACCACCUCUUCCCUUGGUACGCCCAACGCGACCUCCCAAAUGUCUUGUAUUUCACAUACGAGCAGGCUAGGAAAGACACUGCACUGUGGGUAUUGAAAAUCGCCGACUUCCUCAGAAAACACUACGGUGAUCAGCUACGAAACGACUCUGCUCUGCUCCAAAAAGUUUUGGAUGUCUGCAGCCUAGAGAACAUGAGGCGUGUGUUUGAUAGUAGCGCAGGUGGUUUGCUGAAAAAUAUGCUAAACCUUCCACCGGAGAAGGCACUAAAAUCGUUGGACGUCUAUCGCGAUAUGGAUAUAAUGGUGGACACGCAUGAAAGUCUAAGAUCUGUACGCAAAGGCACAGUGGGAGACUGGAGGACGCACUUCACGUGCGAUGAGAUUGAGAAAACGAAACAAUGGAUUCACAGAAAAACGGAAGGGUCCGAUGUGAUGGAGCUCUGGAAUGACAUCAACCUCCCUUGAGUUCAUAAAACAGGGCUUCUGUACUGGCUAGUUUCAGACAGGCCGAUGUUGUUCGUUUCGUUGUUGCAGUAUGAUGUCGGAGGUAGUAAACUAAUAAUGGUGCACUAAUAUUGUUACGCCUGAGCCACGUGAAUAGCAUAAGAACAGCAUGAAAACUGCAAUCGCAACACAGCUCAGUGGAAUAGUAGGAUUAUUUAUGCCCUUCUUAUCUCAUUGAAAUUAGUGCUUUGUGGCUGAUUUCACCAUAUGUGUUGUGUAAUUUUCUGAACUUUUAAAUAACUGUCCUAGCUUUUGGAACUUACAAUACUUCGCAUGCACAAUUAUUCUAUAUGUUUGCUGUCCUGAAGCUUUGUUUAUAAGUAACAACAGUCAUGUAGUUAAGGUGGGUAUAAGAAUGGGUUUGUUGCAAAACAUGCUUUAAGGUCAGGUUAGCAGCGCAAGGCCAUUAAGUAUUCUGGCCAUUAUGUCUAUUCUUGCCAUUAAGUCUUCUGUCCCCUCUAGUGGCCUUGCGCUGUUAACCUGACUUUAAAACAGUGAUGUGUUACCCAGGUAAAUAAUGUCUGCACUGAGAAAACCCUGACUUUUGACUAAUAUGUAAAGUUCUUUCUCUGUGUUUCUGCAUUCUAUGCCGGUUGUUCUAUGUCAUGGUGAUGUUGCGUAGUUGGUGAAUCCUAAACUCGAUGUUGGACGAAAAGUGCAGCAAAAUGUCUUGAGUUGCUAAUGCGCGCUGUGCG